AUGUAUUAUAGGCGGUCAACGGAACGUCCGAAUCAGUGUAUUUGUCAAGUACUGUAUGUCACAAACGCAAGGCUAUACCGGUUCUGUACCACUAUCUCCGCCGCCCCUCAACUCUUUACAGAUCGAAUUUCCCUCCUUUCCAUCUUUUCUCAACCUCUACCUAGGCAGGACUUUUCCACAUUGAUUCUUCUCUCAAUUUGUUUAAUUCUCCUAGAUCGUUCGAUCUUCGACUCCCGCUGGGAUCCAUCGCAGGGCCCAUCAGACCGCAAAUUCAAUGGUUAUCAGAUCGGUGCAUUCCCAGAAAUACGCUUGACAGCGCCAUCCCCAGCCCCGACCUCCGACCAGGUUGAUCCGCUCCGAACAAGCGAUUCUCCCGCAGAGCGCAGCGCCUGUCAAUGUACGUCCCCCCCGGCUCUCUCUCACUGAAUCCGUCCUCCUCUUCCCACUGUGAGAUCCACAUCUCUUAAACUCCCCUUUUCUAUUCUUAAUCUGUUCUUUUUUUUCGUUUCUUGACCUUGGGUUUUCUUUUUCUUUGUACACGGGCUUGGUGUUCUCCUGUCCGCGAUUCUGCCCGAUCGGGUGUCUGGCGCCGCCCCCCAUACCAACCACCUCACUUGUGCGCUUUUUCCGCCUCCUUGUACCUCCGUCAUCGUCCACCCCAUAUAGACUGCGCACUUGCUUUUACACUUGGUCAUUUGAAGUGUUUUAAUCCUCUGGCAAGCGCUCACCAAUUUCUCCAGUCAGAGACACCGAGCAUACUUCCUCUGCGCCUCCGAGCCUCCAUCCUCUCGUUUCUACUCCGUCGCGU